GGGGAAAAACAUGAAAUAAAGUGCAUCUAAAAAUAGCUCGGCGCCGGCGGUCAGCCAAUAAGAGAAGAGGUGAGGCAGCCAAGGCAGGAGGAACAGAUCCCAGCAGACGAGAAGAGGCGAGACACCCGAGGCAGACGGAGCAGCAGAAGAAGAAGACAAGCAAAGCAUCAUGGACGUUUUCAAGAAGGGAUUCUCCAUGGCGAAGGACGGAGUCGUCGCUGCCGCCGAGAAGACGAAGGCCGGAGUGGAGGAGGCAGCUGCCAAGACCAAGGAGGGGGUCAUCUAUGUUGGAAGUAAGACGAUGGAGGGAGUUGUGACAGGUGUGAACACAGUUGCUCAGAAGACGACCGAACAGGCUAACGUCGUGGCCGACACCGCUGUUUCUGGGGCCAAUGAGGUUGCCCAGGCAACGGUGCAGGGGGUGGAGAAUGCAGCAGCGGCAACCGGAUUCGUUAGCACGGAGGAGGCGGAGCCAGUGCCUGAGGAGACUGAGCUCCAAAAGCCAGACGCAGGAGGAGAACAGACUGAACAAGCUGCACAGUAGACUCUGAACUUCCUGCCGUCACCGAACAAGAGAAGAAGAAGAAUCUUCAUAUUUUAUCUGUUGCUCAACCUUUGACCUCUGACCCCUCAUUAACCAAGAGAAACCCUCCUCAUCACCCGCGCCCGCCCCCGGCACCAUGGUUACGCCGCCUCCGCUCAUCAUUUACAUCUCAGUUUAACAACUCCGCACUUUCAUCUGAUUGGCUGUUGUGGACCACAGGUGUCUUUUGGGCUCCGCCCCCUGACAGAGGGAUACCUGAAGCCUUAUAAAUGCACGUGGCUUUACUGACACACACUGAAAUGAUUAAUCCACACACACACACUUCCUGUAUGUGUUGCUGAUUUUUAACAACAAAAUUAAAAUGUUUUAAAAUUCUGAGCUGCGUCGUCUUCAGUGUCACAAAACGUUGAUUCAUUCUUGUUUUUAUUCAUAGGAUUUUAUUUUGCUUCAUAUUUUAUUUACCUGCUGUGGAGCAUUGUCAGGGUUCCUGGGUCACUGACCCAGUGCUUUCAGUUCUGUCACGGUUAGUUUAUGUUGCCACACCAAUGUUGUCCUCACUUCCUGUUUUCCCUGUGUCAGCCUGUCUCUCGUGUCAUUAGCCAGAUUAUGUUCAGCUGUGUACUCACCGGUCUCUCAUCACCAUCCUCAUCUGUCAGAGUAUUUAAGUCCUCAGUUUCCUUCUGUUCACCGUCGUGUCAUUGAUGUUGUCACUGCUGUCCAUUCCAUGUGUUUGCCUUUCAGUUCAGAUCAGUCAGUCAGCCAUCUCCUGUUCUCAUCAUUCGUCCCUCACAAUAAACACCCUGAACCUUCA